CGCGGCUACGUGAAUUAAAAUUUAAAAGAGAGUUGCAAGAGUGGGAUCACGGGGGAGGAUGAACACUGAAGAUGAUGGGGCUGUACCAAGGGUAUAAAAAGCAACGUGUCGACGGUGAAACGCGCAUUCUUCCGCCGAUUUCCACUCGACCAUUAACAGAUAUGAAUUUACCUCUUGCACUUACCUGCGUGAUGACAGUGAUCUGGUUGUUCAGCGAAAACUGUGAAACGGCGCCCGAGGUGAUCAAUGACGGCCACCGGAGAUUCAGGAAACAUCCCCUGUCACAAGGGUACAAGCAGAAUGUUCUGCAGGGCGAAGAGGAUAAUUUUUUGGACUGGAACAAGCGUCAGCAUUUCGACGAUUACGGCCACAUGAGAUUCGGCAAACGUGAACAUUUCGACGAUUACGGUCACAUGCGGUUCGGCAGGAGUCAUAAAAUAGACAAUUAAAAAUGCUAGUUGAUACGUAACUGGAAAUUAGUAGUGUCAUUUCAUUGUUAUCAAGUAGAUGAACUAUAUUUUACAUUGUAGACAAGUAUUGUUUAUCAUUACGACUGAACUAUGGAUUCUUAUGCAGAAUUGCAGAAUAAAACAUUUGUGGUAUCAAUUAAAAAAAACUGUGGACAAACGUUCUUUUAUCACUGCACUCGUGUUUUAAUAUUGAAUACAAAGAAUUGUAAUAAUAAAACAGUAUACAUUUAUUUACGUACACAUUUAUUAAAAAGUGUUGAAAAUACUUGUACUGAUCUUAUUAUGCCAC